UCAAACAUCAAUAUCCAUGGCUACUCCUUCAUCUCCCCCACCCCUCCUCCUCCCACCUCCUGAAUCAAAUCAACCCCAAAUCUCCCCAAACCCUCCAAUCCCAUCACCCCAGAAGAAAACUCAACCUAUACCAUGGACCCAUCAAGAAACUUUCAAUUUAAUCCAAGCUUAUCAGGAAAAAUGGUACUCUCUCAAAAAGGGUCAGCUCAAAGCUAGCCAAUGGGAAGAAGUCGCCAUUACAGUCGCAGCUCGUUGCGGCUUCGAUGAGCCGUCGAAAUCCGCCACCCAAUGCCGUCACAAGAUCGAGAAGCUCCGGAAACGUUAUCGGGCCGAGAGACUCAAACCCUACCCGAAUUCCUGGCAGUAUUUUGAUCUAAUGGACCGUAUGGAACGUGGGCCUUUACCAAUUGCUGCUCAUCCUGUUGCAAUGGUGAAAUGCCAGAAUUCGAAUUCUACGUCUGAUCAGAGGUAUUAUGAUACUGAUAGUGAUGAGGUUGAUGUUAGUUUUAUGGAUUUGAGGAAAAAUAAGUGUAAAAGCAUUAAUCAUAUUGUUCGUGGUGAAAUGGGUAUGAUGGGUGUUAAUGUUGUUGCUGAUAAUAGAAAUGUGAAUAGGAUGGUGAAAGAUCGAAACUUUGACCCUAUGAGAGGGAUGAGGAAUUCAAUGAAUGAGAAAAGAAAAGGGUAUUUCGAGAAUGUAGGUACUAAUAACGAUGAUGAUGAUGAUGUUGAGGAAGAGGUGGAUGAAGAGGAAGACGACGAGGAUGGAGAAGGAAGCGUUGGAGGGAGUGAAUUAGCUGCAGAGAUAAGGGGAUUUGCCGAGAGGUUUAUGAGAAUGGAGAGUAAAAAGAUUGAGAUGAUGAAGGAGACAGAGAGGUUUAGGAUCGAAAUGGAGAAAAGGAGAAUGGAAAUGAUUCUCGAGACACAGAGGAAUCUAAUUGAUACUAUCAAUAGUGUUGUUGGAUCGCAUAAGAAAGUGAAGGUUUCUCAUGAAUUUUGAACUCCUUUGCAACAUUUCUUGGUAUGGAAAGAAGUGGUUGAUGCUAAAAGAACUCGAGGUUUCAUCAAGUUUACGCCUUUUUUAAAUUUGUUUCCAAGAAAAUGGCUUCGAUUUUCAAGUGUUAAGCAUAGUGGGAUGUUCUUAUUUAUGGGGCAUUUUCAUUCUUCUAACAUUUGUUUCUUAACUAUUGUUAGGAAUAAUUAGCAUUUCUGUCACUUGUCUUAGUAGAAAUGUAAAUUUAUUCUGUGCUGGAUUUGAGCUAACCAAACAAAUUCAGACUACUCUUGGUUGGUUGUUCAACAUCAACAAU